AUGUCAUACGAACAGACCUGUCUCAUAGCUUCCAACUUGGAUCAGAUGAAGCAGACUGAAAUGAACAUGACUCCCGAGGAAGAACGCAACACUCGCAUCAUGGCUUGUGACAUCCAGCGCUUUUAUGAAUGCGUCCGACGAGAGAAACAUGUUUUCAGCCGUUUCUUCUCUCACUACGAGAUAAAUUUGGCCAAGUUUCUUGAGCCCCUUUGCGCCCUGUACAAGAAUGAACGGAACUGGCCAGAGACCUGGUUCGAUAGCGAGCGAGAGCUCAUAAACGACCUUAAUACCUUUCGACAAAUGGCAAAGCAGCUCCUGCAGCAAUGGACACGGGAUGUAGCAACCCAGAUCCUCAGUGUCCGAAACACUGCGCUCAGUAAGCUCUUUACUGCUGAGGAUGUCUCUCUCGCAGCCAAGCUCAAGCCUAGCUCGCUGGGUGGCAAAGGCGGUCCCUUGAAUUGGACAAUUAGUGAAAUGUCUUUUGACAAGACUCUGUCCAAGUUCCGAUUCCUGGCGAACGACAUGUUGCAGGGGAUGAAAGGCGGACCGACCAUGGAACGACCUGGUCAUCCGUGGACCAGAAUGGAGGGUUUUGAUAUCUUGAACUUUAUGAUCAAGGAUGCAGAGGAUCCUGAUUAUGAAUACGAGGAGGAAGAUCUGUUUGAGGAUGAGAUUGUCCCAUUCGAUGGGUUUUACUAGAGACGAGCAGGGUCUUUAGCGCUCUGGUAUUCUGAAUUGGCCUGUUUAGGGUGGGCUGCUUUCAUAUCAGAGUUUGAUGUCGACGUAUUUUCUCAAAAGAGUAAUCAGACUUGAUACAUUGCUUAAUACACGGAUCUUUGGCCUAACCCUCGUAUAAUUUAAUCCAUGAG